AUGACAGUGGAUGAGCCAGCUCCCGUUCACUAUGCUAUUCUUCUCUUCCCAGGCUUCCAAGCCCUGGAUGCUUUCGGUCCGCUCGACAUCCUAAACGUCAUAUCUCUGGACAAACAUAUAAAGCUAUCCAUAAUCGGUCCGACACUGGACCCAGUCAGUACGAAGUCUCCAAUUCCAAACACAAACCCCCAGAAUUCCACUUCAUAUCAGUUUAUCGUCCCAACCCACACGUAUGACGCUCCGCCAGAGAAUAUCGAAGUGCUCCUUGUCCCCGGUGGAUUUGGCACGCGGUGCAAAGAGACAAGUGCAGCCACUAUUAAAUUCAUUGCGGAUACAUAUUCCCACGUUCGCUAUUUACUUACUGUUUGCACUGGAGGGUAUCUGGCUGCGCAGUCGGGUGUCCUGGAUGGCAAGAAUGCUACAACAAACAAAGUCAUGUUCAACUUUGUGGCAAAGAAGAAUCCGACAGUGAAGUGGGUGCGUAAAGCGCGAUGGGUUGUGGAUGGUAAUAUUUGGACGUCAUCGGGAAUCAGUGCAGGGAUUGAUGCGAUGCUGGCGUUCGUGCAGGCUAUCUACGGAAGAGAUUUGGCGGUUAAGACGGCGGCAACCCUUGAAUAUACAUGGCAUGAGGACUCGACCGUAGAUCCGUUUGCGGAAACAACCGCUACUUAUAAAUUUGAUCUUGAUUAA